AUGGCGGCGCGAGACGAUAAUAUGGCACAUGCAUCUAGUCCUUCUGUGCCAAUCUGCACAGAGCAGAGCAGCAAUAGCACCGCACCACAUAGGGUGAUUCUGCAAAGACCCAGCAGUGCAGGUUCUCGCCCAGCAAGUGUGAGCAGUAGCCUAAGCUCUAGUUCAACCAGGGGUCCUCGACCAAACCAGGAAAUAUGUGUGGGAGAAGAGCUGAGGAUUGCAGUGGAUAUAGCACUGGAGAAAUUCAGACUAAAUCCAGAACAGAAAGAACUGGAAUUUCCUUCUUCUUUCACUGCAACAGAAAGAGCAUAUGUUCAUAGGCUGACAGAUGACAUGGGACUGAAGUCAAAAAGUAGAGGAAAAGGAUCUAAUAGAUUUUUAACCGUCUUCAAAAAAGAGGACAAGAAAGCAGCCAAUUCCUCUGCCAGAUUUCAGCUGACUCACAACUCAAGGCAGCAGAUUCACAAUCUUAUCCAGCGUUUUCCUCUUACCAGCAAGGAAAGGCAUGAACUGCUGCCCAGAACUGAGAGGAUCACUUCAACUGAAGGUGACUUAGACUUUGUUUUACCUCAUAUUUCUUUGAAUUAG